AUUGAACUCUCCCUCGCGAGACCCGCAGCGCCAUUCGGGAACGCGACCCUGCCCCUCCCCGCUCCUGGAGCGUGACGCCCUCCUCCUUGCCCCGAGGCCUGUGGCGACUGGGUCCGUUGGGGGCAGAACCAUGGAGGAAAAGCCUUUCAGAGCAUCUUUGGGCAGCGGUGGCUCAGACACGUCCAGGCCAGACAACGACAUCCGGAAUCUGUGGACCAGGGCCACGCUGUCGCAGUCGAAGCUGAAUGUGCCUCUGCCCAAUGUCUGCGAGGACUCCGACCUGGAGGACAGCAGCCCACACAGCAAGACUCGCCGGUGGCACAACGAGAAGGUCCGCCGCGAUUCGGAAGGUGGUUGGGAUCACGGAGAGUACAAGGACGGUUUCAAGCAGGAGGAGCUGGAGGACCACUCCUUGUUGGAGCUGCAGCUCCGUCAGGAAAGCUCCCUGGGAAGCCAUUUAGAGGAGGGGGACGUCGAUUCCAAGACCGAGAUUGAAAUGUCUUCCUCAGAGUCAUCGCUCAAUAUCUUGAAGCACACACCCCAUCGAGCCUACUGGGCGGAGCAGCAGAACAGGCUGCCACUGCCUCUGAUGGAACUCAUGGAGAAUGAAGCUCUGGAAAUCCUCACCAAAGCCCUCCGGAGCUACCGGUCAGCCAUAGGCCGGGACCACUUCCUGACCAAGCAGCUGCAGCGAUCUAUCGAAGGGCUCAAGAGGCGCCGGAGCAAGAGGCUGAACGUCUUGGCGUACUGAGAGCACCGCCUCGGGCUCGAGGGACAGCCGGACUCCAGCCCCGGGCCCUUGUCCUGUCCCCAGACCCAAACCUGACCCCGUCCACGUGGAAUUUGAGUCCUAGAGAAAUAAAAGACUCUUGUGCACAAUCGGUGAGUCAGUGCGUGGCUGCCCGCGUGAGGCGGACGCACGUGGCCCCGCCUUUCCCCGUGACCUUCACUCGGUCACCGCAGUGACCUUGAGCGUUCUUCUGUCCAGGCCCUAUUGGCUCCGCCUUCCCGGGACUUGAAAUCCAGGAGUUCUUGCAUGUUUUAUGUCUGCUUCUCCCACCCCGGGUCCAGCGGCUUUGUGGGGAUAUUGGAUCUGCGGUCCAAGUGCCUCGAUGGAGUAAUCUUGGGGGAAGGGGGAGAAGGGAGAGGGGCAGCGCCUCUCUAGUAUGGGCACGCUAGGCUCCGCCCUUCAUGCAUAUGCGGUUACACUAACCUCUCUGUUCCUCCCGCCUCAUUUACAUAUGUAAGUCUCCUUGCCCCGCAACUGCGGCCCCUGAGCCACCUCGCCCACUCCUCUCGCGCACAGCGCGCUCCGCCUCCUUCGUUACGUAAGAGCGCUCAUGGUUCCAACCCCCUCGCCGAGUCUCCUCUGGCCCCUCCCCCUUGGCGGCCGC